GCCGAGAAAUGAGGCUCCGUCUGACCAGCGCCUUGACGUUUGUGUGCCUCAGCGCGCUCUUCUCCUUCGCCUGGUACGCCGCCCGGAGCGGGAGCGGAGGAAGUGUUUUAGAUUUGAACCAAAGACAGCUUUUGGAACUUCGCCAAAGACUCUUCUUUGCUGAAAAGGAAAACAAAAAAAGAUCCCAAGAGCUGAACAGUGUCCUAAAUGAAAUCAAGCAAUUCAUUGGUGAGCUAGCCAGCACUUCCGGAAAUUUUACAGACUCUACGAAGUUGAACGUGUUGAGUCUCGCCAACAAGCUCCCUAUACAUCUUUCAAAUAUCCAUUACUAUCUGCCUCAUCUCCAGGAGCAUGAAGAUGGUAUUUAUCCAAAUGUUGUAAUUGGACAAGGAAGGACUGGGGUGGCCAUAGUAAUAGGUGUUCCAACAGUGCGAAGAGAAAAGGAAAGCUAUUUGAUGGACACACUGCAAUCCCUUUUAAGUGGAUUGUCUGAAGAUCAGAAGAAGCAUUGUAUGAUAAUUAUCUUUGUAGCAGAGGUGGAUUUAAAAUAUGUUAACAGCAUUGCAGAAAGCAUCAGAAGCCGCUUCCCAAAGGAGGCACUUUCUGGAGUCCUGGAGGUUGUCUCUCCCCCUGCUUCCUAUUAUCCCAAGCUCUCCAAUCUGAAGGCAUCAUUAGGGGAUUCAAGUGAGAGAGUAAGAUGGAGAACAAAACAGAAUUUGGAUUAUAGCUUCUUAAUGAUGUAUGCCCAACCAAGGGGAACAUUCUAUUUACAGCUAGAAGAUGAUAUUAUAGCCAAACCAUCAUAUAUACAAACAAUCAGUGAGUUUGUUGUGCUACAGGACUCAAAGGAGUGGAUGUUUCUUGAAUUUUCUCAGCUUGGGUUUAUUGGAAAAUUAUUCCGAUGCAGAGACUUGCCGCUGAUAGUUGAAUUUUUGUUAAUGUUCUACAAAGAUAAGCCAAUUGACUGGCUUCUAGACCACUUACUUUGGGUUAAAGUUUGCAAUCCAGAGAAAGAUGCAAGACACUGUGAACGGCAAAAGACCUAUUUGCGCAUCCGUUACAGGCCAUCUCUCUUUCAGCAUGUGGGAAUUCAUUCUUCUUUGGCUGGGAAAAUACAGAAAUUGAAGGAUAGAGAUUUCGGCAAAAAUCCAUUACUUACAGCACAUGUCAACCCAGCUGCAGAAGUUACUACAAGUCUAAAAGUAUUCCAGCACUUUACCCUAGAAAAAGCUUAUAAAGGAAUAGAAUUUUUCUGGGCUUUUGCUCCUGUGGCUGGAGAUUAUAUUCUGUUCAGCUUUUGGCAGCCAAUAAAAAUAGAAAGGUACCUUUUUAAAAGCGGAAAUGUCGAACAUCCAGGAGAUAUAAUAGUUGAUGCUACUGUAGAAGUUUUACCCAAUGCUGAGAUAGACAUACAGGCUCAAGAAGGCAAUUCAGGGAAUUUUAAAAUCGUAAAAACUCAGGAUGGAUAUUUUCAAAUAGGCACAUUCAAAAAUGGAAUAGCAGAUGGCAUCGUCAACCCAAACUUAGGAAAUAUAAAAGCUCUUCGUUUAUCUAUCCAUUCUAGUUCUGCUACGUGGUUGUUACUGAGUGAGAUAUUCAUAAAGAUGCAGUGGGAAGAGAAUAAGAAAGAAACACUUCUUUGAAAAUAUGAAUAUCUUGAAUGCGACAUGGAAACAAGGCCAUCUAGUGGCAGCAGCAAAACUGUCAGCUAUAAAAUGUAAUCUCCUUCCUAAUACAGUGUAGUAGGAGAGGGGAUAAUGUUACUUUAAAUCUCAUUAAAUUUUAUUUUUUUUGAAAUACUGAUAA